AUGAAGACGUUAGCUGUCUUCUUGAUGUUCUUUGCAAGCUGCAUGGUUGCGGAUCCAUCAAAUCCAACAUCGUGUAUCUGCCCGCAAAAUCUGUUCCAGUGUGACCCAUCAAGCACAGAGGGAUGCACGUGUAUCCCUUUAUACUGGGUAUGUGAUGGGGACAAUGACUGCGAUCAGGCUAAUGAUGAGGCCAGAUGUGAUCGACCAACAUGCAGCUCCAACCAGUACACAUGUGACAAUGAUAAGUGUAUACGCAAGGACUGGAAAUGCGAUGGGGACAAUGAUUGCGGGGACAAUUCAGAUGAACUCAACUGUCCGAGCAAGAAUUGUAGCGCUGAUGAGUUUCAGUGUGACAAUGGUAACUGCAUACAGAAGAAAUGGAAAUGUGAUCGUGACGAUGAUUGUGGGGAUAACUCUGAUGAAAAAUACUGCCCUGAAAGGAGUUGCACAGAUAGCCAGUUCACAUGUGACGAUGGGAGCUGUAUCUCUGCAGGGUGGAGGUGUGACCACGAUAUAGACUGUAAAGAUGGCUCUGAUGAACUUAACUGUAAACUAGAGCCACCCAGAUGUUCCGAUGAGGAGUUUCACUGUAAGGCAGAUGGGGUGUGUUUAGACAAGACUUACAGAUGUGAUGGGGAUAAUGACUGUCAAGAUGGGGCUGAUGAGGAAAAUUGUGACGUGAAGCCGCAGUGCUCAGAUUGGGAAUUCCCUUGUUCUGAUGGUGUCUGUAUCAACGCAGCCUGGAAAUGUGAUGGUGCAUACGACUGUGACGAUAAAUCUGAUGAGAGAAAUUGUCCCAUUCAGAGUUGUGGUCCAGACCAGUUCAAAUGUACAUCAGGGAGCUGUAUCCAUGGCAACUGGACAUGUGAUGGUGAGGAUGAUUGUCCAGAUAAUUCAGAUGAAGAGGACUGUGAUACUCCCAAUGAUGACCAGUGUGGGCCUGGACAAUUCAAGUGUGACAAUGGUGUGUGUAUAGGCCGCAGUAAAGUGUGCAAUAGACUUGAUGAAUGUGGUGACAAGUCUGAUGAGGCUGGGUGUAUAUCCAGAUCAAGCUGUGCAAUAAACAAUGGAGAAUGUACCCAUAAAUGUACAAAUGGGCAUAAUGGCGCCAUCUGUGCUUGCCCCAUUGGGUAUGAACUCCGGAGCGAUCGUAAAAUGUGUGAGGAUUUUGAUGAGUGUGCAAUAGAUGGCACCUGUAGUCAACUGUGUACCAAUAUGCCGGGAUCGUAUGAGUGCUCGUGUGUGAGGGGAUAUACACUGAAGCCAGAUGGACGUGGUUGCAAGGCUUUAGGUGGGGAGGCAUAUCUGAUAUUUGCCAAUCGUGUUGACAUCAGAAAAGUGCUUCCUGACAAAUCAGAGUAUACCUCAAUCCUACAAGGACUGGAGAAUGCAAUAGCACUAGACUUCCACCUGGAGAAAGGCCUGAUGUUCUGGACAGAUGUGACAUUGGAUAAGAUCAAGAGAGCUUACAUCAAUGGUACAGGUGUCAUGGAGAUAAUUAACACAGGACUUGAAAGCCCAGGUGGCAUUGCUGUAGACUGGGUUCAGGAUAAGAUAUUUUGGACAGACUCUGGCACGUCACGGAUUGAAGUGUCAAACUUAGAUGGCUCACACAGGAAGGUACUCAUAUGGCAACAUCUGGCAAAACCUCGAGCAAUCGCUGCCCAUCCGGGAAUGGGGGUCAUAUUCUGGACUGACUGGGGCGAGAAUCCAGCACCUAAAAUUGAGCGAUCAACCAUGGAUGGACGGGAACGUCAUACAAUUGCUGAUCGCUCCCUCUUUUGGCCAAAUGGUUUAACUAUCGAUUAUGCAUCAUCCAAGAUAUACUGGGCAGAUGCUAAACACCAUGUAAUAGAAUGUGCACAUUUAGAUGGGACGAACAGACGAGUUGUUAUUGACCAAGGUCUUCCCCACCCAUUUGCCCUAACAAUAUUUGAAGAUGAGCUUUACUGGACAGACUGGCAUACAAAGAGUAUUUAUAAAGCUAACAAGUUCCAUGGUAACAGCAAGGAGACUGUCAGAAACAGACUGCAUUUUCCCAUGGACAUCCAUACAUUCCAUCCCCAAAGGCAGCCACCCAUGACCAACAAGUGUGGGGCAAACAAUGGGGGUUGUAGUCACCUGUGCCUACCCAACUUAAGUGGCUUUGUAUGUGAUUGUGCUACAGGGUUCAAACUGUUGCCAAAUGGCCAGAAUUGUGCUGAAAAUCUUAGCAGCUUCCUAUUGUUUGCACGUCGUAGUGACAUCCGACGUGUUUCAUUCGACACAGCUGACACAUCUGAUGUUGUGAUCCCUGUGACUGGAUUACGAAGUGCAGUUGCUCUUGACUGGGAGUCGGCAGGGGAUUACGUUUACUGGUCUGAUGUGACAGGUGAUAGCAUAAGCAGGGCUCGCUGGGAUGGAUCAGGUCAACAGGUGGUUGUGGGGACUAACUUAGAGAGUCCAGCUGGUCUGGCUAUAGACUGGGUCAGUAAGAAGCUCUAUUGGACUGAUGCAGGCACAGACAGAAUAGAAGUAUCCAAUCUAGAUGGAAGCAUGAGAAGUGUACUGAUACAUGAGAACUUGGAUAGACCUCGGGAUAUCAUUGUAGACCCAAUUGGAGGGUACAUGUACUGGACAGAUUGGGGCGCAACACCCCAUAUUGAGAGAGCAGGUAUGGAUGGAAUAGGACGGGAGGUUGUGAUUGGUCAGAAUUUAACAUGGCCCAAUGGACUGGCUAUAGACUACAAGAACUCUAAGCUGUACUGGGCUGACGCUGGCUUGAAAGUCAUUGAAUUCUCAGAUCUUGAUGGGCAGGGGAGAACGGUUCUCAUAGGUGCUGACCUACCCCAUCCAUUUGGCUUGACUCUUCAUGAGGACAAGGUCUACUGGACUGACUGGGUCACCAAGAGCAUACAAAUGGCCAACAAGGUGGAUGGAUCAAGGCGCGAGACUCUACGAGAGAAUCUGGAGCACCUCAUGGACAUCCACAUGUUCCACAGGAAGAGAAAAUCAGUGCCAAGCAUGUGUAAUAUAAACAAUGGUGAAUGCAGCCAUUUGUGCCUGAUAGCCCCACUGGAGCGUGACAGGAGUUGUAGUUGCCCUACUGGUGUCCUGCUGAAGUCUGAUGGUAGAACUUGUGAAGACGGAAUGUCAAACUUCCUGAUAUUUGCACGCAGAACUGACAUCCGUCUCAUCUCAUUGGAUGUCAACUACUACUCGGAUGUCGUACUUCCUGUUGGAGAGCUAAGGAAUGCUAUUGCAAUAGAUGUAGACCGCAAAGAUAGGAAAAUCUACUGGUCAGACAGCGUACUUGACAAAAUUCAGCGAUCCAACUUAGAUGGCUCAAAUGUUGAAGACAUCAUAUAUGACGGCCUACAUACGACUGAUGGUCUUGCCAUUGACUCUGCGGGACGUAAGAUGUACUGGACCGAUACAGGGAGUAAUAGGAUUGAGGUCGCAACCCUCGACGGGAAAUUGAGAAAAGUUUUGAUCUGGGAGAAUGUGGACAAUCCAAGAGCACUGGCGUUACAUAAUGAUGCAGGGUACAUGUACUGGUCAGACUGGGGCCAGGAACCGCGCAUAGAGAGGGCAGAUAUGGAUGGGGGGAACAGACUGGUGAUCAUACGGGACAACCUGGGAUGGCCUAAUGGUCUUACCAUAGAUAGACCCACAAAUAGAAUAAUAUGGGCAGAUGCUAGGACUGAGGUUAUCGAGGUCUCAGAUCUUAGUGGAGCUAACCGUAGAGUCCUGAUAAGUGGCACCCAGCACCCAUAUGGCCUGACUGUGUCUGGGAACUGGAUUUACUGGACUGAUUGGCAGUCUAAGUCCAUUGAGAGAGUCAACAAGUUCACUGGGAAGGACAGGUUUACUGUGAGAGGCUCUCUGUCUGGGCUCAUGGAUUUACAUGCAGUGCAAGUUGAUAACUAUGGUACUAAUAAAUGUGGUUCCAACAAUGGGGGGUGUAGUCACCUGUGUCUGCCCAACCCCAGGGCCUUGAGCUGUGCCUGUCCCACAGGCCUCCUGAUGAAGGAAGAUGGCAAGACAUGUGAAACUAUGCCCAGGGACUAUCUCCUAUUUGCCAGCAGGGCCAGUAUAAGGCGUAUUAGUAUGGAUACUCCAGACAACACAGAUGUUACCAUACCCCUCACUGAUCUACACAAUGUCAUUGCUCUGGACUAUGAUCUUAAAGAGGGGAAGAUAUAUUACACUGAUGUCUAUUUGGAUGUGAUAAGGAGAGCCAACCUUAAUGGGUCAAAGGUUGAGAGUGUCAUAGACCAAGGGUUAACAACAGCUGAUGGCAUAGCAGUUGAUUGGGUCGGAAGGAACCUUUAUUGGACAGACACCGGACGUAACGUCAUAGAGGUUGCCUUGUUAGAUGGCACAUGUAGGAAAACUCUUAUUGAGGUUAACCUGGAUGAACCAAGAGCAAUUGCAUUGUUUCCAAGGAAAGGCUUGAUGUUUUGGACAGAUUGGGGUAAAGUGCCAAAAAUUGAGCGUUCUUUCCAAGAUGGCUCCAAUAGAAAGGCAAUUAUAGAUGAUAAUCUUGGAUGGCCUAAUGGUCUCUCAAUAGAUUAUGAUAUGCGACGUAUCUAUUGGGCAGAUGCGCAGUUUGAUCGUAUCGAGACUGCGGAUUUGAAUGGCAACAAUCGAGUGCAUCUGUUGGAGCAGGUCGACCACCCAUUUGGUCUGACAGUGUUUGGAGACUAUGUAUAUUGGACAGACUGGCAGAAGCGUGCCAUAACUCGCUGUGAUAAACUCACUGGUAAACAUUCCACAAUCGUCCAGGGCAACAUGGAUGGUCUCAUGGACAUACACGUUGUCUCUGCGUCACGCCAAAUGGGCACAAAUGGCUGCAGUAUAAACAAUGGCGGCUGUACACAUUUAUGUCUCGCUCGGCCUAACGGUUACACAUGUGCAUGUCCAGACUCUCCAGACACAAGGCCUUGCUCAACAGUCCCCACUAUAAAUGGUGUGCCACGACCACGCCCAUCAGGCACUGACAAGGGCUUUGAAGACUAUGAGUAUGGAACUGAUUGGAACGAAGGUUAUGAUUUCUCACCAGGUGAUACAGAUCAAAAUACAUUAUGUAGUGAAGAAAACAGACGAAAAGGCAAGUGCAAUAGUCUUGAGUCUAAAACUUCUCAGAAUUCAACAGGUGUUCAUGGUGCGUACAUAGGUCUCGCUGUCAUCCUUGGUGUAGCAAUAAUAGGAAUUAUAAUCUUCUUGCUGGUAUGGAGAAGACAUAAGAGACGUCGAAGGGCCAUGGAUCCAACACUUAUAUUCUCUAAUCUCACAUAUAUGAAGAGUAGCAGUGAUUCCGUAGAUAUAGAUAGACGUAGUGCAAAGAACCAGAGGUUACUCAAAUAUGAUAAAAAAGAGGAGAGGCUAACUAUAUUACCAGCCAAACCUAAAGACUCUGUAAAGCACAACGAGCGAGAGGUAGUGUCUUUAAUGAAAAGCACUGAAGCAAUUGUAGACUGUUCUACCCCUCCCACCCCUCCUCCACCCUUACGUCAUGACUCAAAACUUAUUUUCAAAACCAGGAGUGAUUCAAACUUACGGAAUGUUAACAGUGACAGUGAUUAUGGUGACAAAGAGGAAGUGAUAUAUGAAUCUAUAGAAGGCAUGGAAACGCAGAUAUAGCUAUUUAAGUUGUUAUUGUUGUUGCCAUGGAAACUAUCUAUGGAAACCACUCUUGGUAUUUAAGCGAUUUGGGUGACUAAGAAGGAGUAGUAUAUGAAUCUAAGGAAUGAAAUCUAUGAGAGAAAUGGAAAGAUAUAGCUAUUCAUGUUUCUGUUACUAUGGAAACCACCAUUGCUAUGGAAGCCAUUGUUGCUACAUAAGAGAAUGAUUUGCCAUUAUUGAAGUGACUAUGCAACUAGAAUUAGCAUAACAUUGCAAUAGUUAACAGUAAAACAACUGAUGGGCGAGAAUUUGUCAUAGUUAAACUGAAAGCAACAAAUAUAAGGAAGAUUAUCAACAAUGUAAAAAUUGUUGUCAUGGAGACUAAGUGAUAUUAUUAGAGUCUCUUAAAUCUGAUACACUAUUGAUCAUAUUUCUGGAACAUUGAAUUAAACAUCAUUGUAGGAUUAUUUAUUUUGCGAUAAUAUUUUAUAAAUUAAGAUUUCCAUUUAUAUGAUCAAUGGUACAGAUUGGCUAUCUCACAUGUGGCCGUUAAAAAACAAUGUUGCAUAUAUUUAUGAAGUAAUAUAUUUGAAAUACUAUUACAUAUUUUGUAUCCUUUAUUUGUACAUUUGUUGUAAGCUAUUGUAAAUAGUGCAUAUCACAUCACAUUUGUAUUCUAAUAAGACCGACUUAAAGAUAUUUUUGUUUUAAAAAAUAUCUUGACAUUUUGUGAAUCUUAUGAACAUACGAUUUUCAUGUUAGUAUUAAUUUAUAUUUGAAUUAAUUCUAGGCUAUUAAAUUGUGAUACCUUUUACAUUUGUAGAAAUUGUUUAUUUUUGAAUAUUUGAAGUAAAAUGUUGAACGAACGUUAUGAGUGUUUUUGCUUUAAAUAUGACAUUAUUUUCUUCAUUAAUGACUUUAAUGACUUUGAAACUGACUCAAUACACUCCAUACAUAUGAAUUUGAAUAUUAAGACGAAAUCCAAAAUUUGAUGAGUAAACGGUGCAGUAUUCCUUGAAUGAGUUGACAGUCAACACCAUAUAAGGAAAUAAAAGUGGAAUUUGUCACAGUUUGAAAUGUAAAAAGUGUUAACAUGUUAAUGCACAUAAACGACAGUGUGUGUGCCCAUAUAUGGUGCUGAAACUGAUGAAUUAGAACACUUCAUGUUUAAAUUGUAUUUUUAUUUAUGUUGUAAAUGGUUGUUAAUUGUGUUGUAAAUGGUUGUUAUUUUGUUGUAAAUGUUAAUGCUACUGCUUUACUUUCUUGGUUACCCUGUAUUUUGUCAUCAAAUCAUAGAAAAUACAUUUACCUACCGUAAGUGUGACAAUCUAAAACUUGCAUUUACAUUUUUCACAAAAUAUACUCGAAGAACUAGGACAUCUAUUUAUUUAUUUCCAUGUAUAUUUUAGUGGGAUGGUGUAUUUUAUACUUCUAAACAACCAUAUUUGUCAUACAACCAUAUUAGGGGUGUAUGUUUGUUUUAAUGUUACAAAUAUAAAUUGUAAAAAUGUAAAUAAGAAUCAUCAAUCAUGCAACCUCAUAAUGUACAAAGAUCAUUUCAUAUAUUAUGUAUAGUGUAUAUAGUGUAAAGCAAAUUAUAGACUAGCCUAAAGAGAAUAAAUAAGAAAAAAAAACAAUACUGAAUAAGA